AUCAUGUCGGUGGUCGCGCGCUGAUUCCCGCCUGUCCGCGGCAGCAUCAGGACCAGGACCCGGACCAGAAGAAAGAUAAUGACGAGUGGCGGCAUGGUGAAGGCAUGAGCGUAUUUGCCAGACAUCGAUGGAGUCUUCUUUCAACUCAGUAGAGCUGCGAGAGCUGAAGGGCGCAGGAGGCACGUACGAAAUCUCCGUGACACCAGAGUCAGCGCGUCAGACGGUGAAGGCAUUGGGCGAUGCUUCACAUGGUUUCGAGAAUGCCUCCUACCAGCAGGAUGAGGAGCAAAACCACCAGCAGGGGGCGAGCGUGCAGGCGUGCUGUCCCCCAUCAACUCCAGCCAACACCAAGGAAGACCAGCAGCAGCACUCUCCACACUCCUUCAAUGAGGAGGAAGUAGUUGGAGGGCAGGAGGAUGGCCAAGACUUCACUGAGAUCCACCAUCCAGAGGACCAUUCUGCAGACUAUGGCUUCAUCUUCGCCUUGGUGUUCCUGGUGAGCGGGAUUGUUCUGGUGGUCAUCGCCUAUACCAUCCCCCGAGAGGCCAAAGUCGACCCAGACACCGUGUCUGCUCGCCAGAUGGAGAAGUUGGAGAUGUACUAUGCCCAGCUGGGCUCCCACCUAGACAAGUGCAUCAUCGCCGGCUUGGGCCUUCUGACUCUGGGGGGUAUGUUCCUCUCCAUGCUGCUCAUGGUGUCCAUCUGCCGUGGAGAGAUGUACCGACGCCGGACAGCGUUCGUUCGGCCCAAAAGGACUUACGGCUCCAUCAACCUAAGGAUGAAGCAGCUGGCAAGCGGCGAGGCAGGAGGAGGUGAGGGUGGGGAUGGAGGUGUGGAGUUUUUGGUGGAACAUACAGAGACAAGAAACAACAUACAAGCGGGGCCGAGCAAAUCAGAACCAGGGACAAGUAGGGGCCCACCAACUGUUGCAUUUAAACUGAUGGUGCAGGUCACCCACUGGAGAUGAAGCACAUCUUGACCACAGGGCUGUCGGCUGGAGAGACCCAGCACUCCUCCAUCAUCUGCAGAUGAACUUAAACUCCUUCUCAAGGCAUAUUUACUUUAAUGCAUCAUAAGGGAUG